UGCAAGUCGUGGUUUAUUUGGAAUGUCUCCUCCCUUCUGAAACAAAAAUCUCUCCAAGUACCUCCUCCCACAUAUUUUAAGUACAAUUUGAAAGCAGUAUUUGACAAAAUAACAAGGGAGCCAGCUGUUUAAGAUAUAAAGGAAGCAAUGUGACCUUCCGAGUAGCCUUACACAAAGCCAAAACCUCAUGAGACCUAACGGAUCCAGCUGAACUCUUUAUAUUGGAUGUCAUCUUGUGAAACCAUCCAAAGAAUCUUCAGGUUUGUCUGGAUGCACAAGACACAAGAAGCAACUGGCAGCAAAAUAAAUACUGAGAAGAGCUUCAAAUGGCCAGUGUUCAUUCUAAUUGUCAUCACUGUAUGGGCUCCCUUUGUGGAAGACAGUAUGCCAUGAAAGAAGAGAACGCCUACUGUGUUAGGUGCUACGAUAGCUUAUUUGCUAACAUCUGUGAGGAAUGUAAGAAGCCCAUUGAAUGUCAUUCCAAGGAUCUUGCUUAUAAAGGCUGCCACUGGCAUGAAGCGUGCUUCAAAUGUGCCAAAUGCAAUCACUCUUUGGUGGAAAAGCCUUUUGCUGCCAAAGAUGAUCGCCUGCUGUGUACAGCGUGUUAUUCUAAUGAGUAUUCAUCAAAGUGCUUCCACUGCAAGAGGACCAUAAUGCCUGGUUCUCGUAAAAUGGAGUUUAAAUGGAAUUGCUGGCAUGAAGCUUGUUUUGUUUGCCAACAUUGUCGGCAACCACUAGGAACAAAGCCUUUGAUUACCAAAGACAAUGACAAUUAUUGUGUACCUUGCUUUGAGAAGCAAUUUGCUCAGUGCUGUUACUCUUGCAAGAAGGUGAUAACUACUGGUGGUGUGACAUACCGUGACCAGCCAUGGCACAAAGAAUGCUUUGUAUGUACAGGAUGCCAGCAGCAGCUUGCAGGUCAACGGUUCAUUUCAAAAGAUGAGCAUCCUUACUGUCUUGAAUGUUUCAGCCGAUGUUAUGAAAAAAAGUGUGCAGCCUGCUCCAAGUCCAUUACAGCUCUUGGUGGAGCCAAAUUUGUCUCCUUUGAGGAUCGCCAGUGGCACAGUGACUGCUUUAACUGUGGGAAAUGUUCCAGUUCUUUGGUGGGAAAGGGGUUUCUUACUCAGCAGGACCAGAUCCUCUGCUGCAAGUGCAUCAGCUCCGUAUAGCUAAAUAAACUCAAAAGCAAAUCUGUUACUUGCUAUGAAUUUUCACUAUUCAAUUUAAUCAUUCAGUAAACGGAAAUCUUUCUAGAAAUUAUAAUGGCUGUUUAAUCAGGCAAGCCACUUUUUGAUGCUGCUUCUGUCACUGUUGUAUACACCCCUUGUGCCUUGUGUAGUCUUCCUAGGAAACUAGUGCUAAAGCAAUUAUAAAUUAUU